AUGACUAGAGCUUAUGAGCUUAGGGAUGUAGACGCGAGUAGUGCAGAUCGUAGGGUCGCAGAGGCAGCAGCGGGAGGCGCAACAACAAAAGAGGAAGCAGCUGCAGACGCCGCAGCAGCAGCAGCAGCAGCAGCAGCAGCAGCACCUUUUGGGAAAGAAGAGGCUGUUAGGAAGGCGGGAGAGGAAGUGCGCAGAGGCGCGGUGAGAGAAGGAAAAGGGGAUGGACCUUCAGAAAUGGAGGGCGUGACUUUGGCUGGUGGGGAAGGGGGUGAGAAGGGAGAGAGGGAGCGUGGAGGGGUGGUGGGGGAAGGGAAGGGGGAUGGACCUUCAGAAAUGGGGGGCAUGGAGGGAGAUGGGGAGGGGCAUGAGAAGCGGGAGGAGGGAAACAGUGAGCCGGGUGCGCAGGGUGAAGGAGAUACUGGAGAGGGAGAGACGGGAGAGGGAGAAGGUGGAAAGCAAGAGGGUGAAAAGAAGGAGGGUGACAAGAAGGAGGGUGACAAGAAGGAGGGUGACAAGAAGGAGGGUGACGAGAAGGAGGGUGAAAAGGAGGAGGGAGAAAAGGAGGGAGAAAAGAAGGAGGGUAAAAAAAAGGAGGGUGAAAAGAAGCAGGGUGAAAAGGAAGAGGGGGUGGAAGAAAAGGAGGAAGCGGUGGAGAUGGGCUGGGAGGAGUUGCUGCCAGGCCUGCCAGAGCACCUGAAGAGCCACAGCCAGCUGCACGGCUACGGGCAGUGGAGUGACAUCAUCAAUGACGAUAAAUUGGGCCUCGCUGACGUGGCAUGCGCUGAGCUGUCGCUGCCACCCGUCCCGCCGCGCAACAUGAUUGGCCUUACCCUCGAGGACAUCCCGGCCGAUCCACCUGCCCCAUCGCCUGCCCAACCCACCAAUCCUGGUGUUGCAACCACCAAACCUGCUGAUGCGCCCACCAACCCUGCUGAUGCACCUACCAGACCUGGUGCUGUGACCACUAAUGGUGGGGAUGCCAUGGGUGAGACGGCAUGUGUUAGGGAGGAGAGGAGGGCAGAGAGGAAGGCAGCAGAAGCGAAGGCAGCAUCAGCGCAAGAGGGUGCUGAGGGGGAUGGCAUGACUGCGGGUGUGAAAGCUGAAGCAGGUGCUGCUGCGGGUGGUGCUAUUGGUGUGUGUCCCAUGUAG